ACACUCAAGCGGGCCAGAGGCGAACGCCUGCUACGAAAUCGACGGGGCAGUCGCUACCGGCAGCUCGGCAGCGAUCGUCGUCGUAGUCACAGCCAGCGAGCUAGUCACAUUCGUCGACGAAACGAUCCCAAACAAAGCGUCAGAGCGGCCCAGAGCCCCAUAGACAUCGAAACGGAGUGCAGAAAAAGCGGUUCGCUGCCAUUGGUUCAUGGGCUGCAAGACGGCCAACAGAGUGACUGAGUGACAGACGGCUGUUAGCCGUAAUUCGCUAAUUUCCCGCGAAGAAAAUCGCCUUUGAACCCGGCCUGGGAGAUCGUGCGCGAGUUUUUCGAAAGCAAAAAUCGCAAUAAAAACAAAUGCCCGGGCCAGCGAGUAAGUGCGCAAUUUGUGUGACAGCCGAAAAAUAAGUGAAACGAAUGAACGAAUGGCCACAGAUGUUGGGCGUAAAGAGCUGAGACAAAUGUACUGUCACAAAAACCAGUGCCAAGUGUCAAGCGAUUGGCUUGAACCCACGCGAUAAGAACGCGGCUGAAAUAAAUCAAAUCUGCGAACGAAAAGAAAACCAUGCACACUUUCAAGAGAGGCUUCUUCUGCUCGGACCUGAGCAUCCGUUAUCCUUACAAGGACUGCACAAUUACGGUGCCUAUGCUCCUGCUGAUGAUGCUCCUGCUGCCCAUGCUCUUCGUGGCCGUGGUGGAGAUCAUGAGGAUCUGCAAGCGCUUCCGCACGCGCCUCUAUCUGCGCAACCUUUGGAGGGCAGAGGCAACCUUUAGCUUUGGCUUCAUUGCCACCUACUUGACCACGGAGCUGGCCAAGCAUGCAGUGGGUCGCCUGAGGCCCCACUUCUUCCAGGGCUGCCAGCCGCGACUGGACGAUGGGAGUAGCUGCUCGGAUCCCCAGAAUGCGGAGGUCUAUGUGGAGCAGUUCCACUGCUCCAACGAAAACCUCUCCAUACGCCAAAUCCGUGAGCUGCACGUCAGCUUCCCGAGUGCCCACAGCAGCCUGAGCUUCUACUCGAUGGUCCUGCUGGCCCUCUACGUUCAUGGCGUGUGGCGCGGUCGUGGCGGAGUGCGUGUCCUGCGGCACGUCCUUCAGUUCCUGCUCCUCAUGGCCGCCCUCUGCGUCUCGCUGAGCCGCGUGGCCGACUACUGGCACCACUGGUCCGAUGUCCUGGCCGGCGCCCUUCUGGGCAUGGCCUAUGCCUCCAUUACCGCCGCCUAUGUGGGAGAUUUGCUGCGUCGUCGGCCACGCCCCGUUGGCAGCUGCCCGCCCUCCCUGAACUACAGCCACCACCUGCACCACCAGCUGAUGGCGGACAACAACAACUCGACGGCCAAGGUGCACUUCCUGGCUGCAGCUGCCUCUGCCUCGAUGACCACCACCACGCCGCUGGACGACAUCCAGGACUCGGAUGUGGAGGACUCUCACGACUCCCAGGACUCCCAGGACUCGCAAGAAGAGGAUGGGAGCGACAAUGAGGAGAUGGAGGACGUUUACAAACCGCAAUCAUCGCACACCCCCACUCCCCCACACUCAUCGCCCAUCGAUCUGACCCACGUCGUCUAGAGACACUAAGCUGGAAAUGUGGCGCACGAGGAAUAAUCUGGCUUAUCGGCCUGCCGGCUGCUAUUUCGACCAUUUUUCCAUUUAGAAAUCGAAGCAAACAGAAAUAUGUGAUAAGCGCGCGGCGCACUCUCUACCUAAUAUGCCACCACUGUUCACCUGGCCACCCCCACACCUCCACAAACCUCCUCCGGCGAUCGGUUGUGCAACUUUGAAGCCAAUCGGAAUCCGGGAAAUCGAUUGCCCGAAGACAAACGAGAAGAAUUUUGGCUAUGCGCGGUAAUCGCGCCAAAAGUAUCUGCCGCUGAUAUUGCAACUCUAGGGGUAUGGAUAUCUUGACGGGGGCUACUGGCUACUCUACUGGCUCUACACUUGCGACUUGUUUGUUUGUAAACAAUCCCGCAGUCACGUCGCAGUCGCCGCUGCCGCUUUUGAAGUGGGCAGCCCGCCAACGUGGAGCUCCGGAGCUCGCCAAUCAGCUGCGACAAUCUCUGGGCAGCGACGCCGACUGCAGCGCCUUCUGCUUUUGGCCGAUAAUGCAUUAUAAAUAAUAAAUAAUGCCCGGGCUUAUGGCUUUACAGCUUUUCGGCUUCGGAUGCGAGGAUGGAUGCGCAACGAGAUUUAUGAACAAAUCAAUUGAGUCGAGUUUAAUUUUAUUAUUAUUUGUUUUAUGUUAAUUAUGUUUGGCUCUCGACAGAUUUUAAGGCUUAAUCUAAGUGUUUGCUCUACAGGCUGAAUAAAUAUUUAUUGCCCAAGUGA